AAGAAAAUAACCCCAGCCGCCCACUGCCAUUCUGUUCCCCCGCGAGAAAACCCCAAGCCCCACCGCCUUCCAAAUCAAUUCCCCAGCGACCGCCGCCAAUUAACUCACCAGCUCGCGCGAGUCGACAGCCGAUCCCGAUCCCAUCCCUCUCGUGUUCUAGCGGUGACGUUGAGGGUUCGAUCAACGAGGAGAUCAACAUCCCGGGUCAUCCAACCUAGGCCUAGGCACGUUCUAGAGGUCGUAGAGGAGGAGCUAGGGAGCAUCCAGUCGAGGAGCACCCAGUGAGAGAGCAGGCUACCAGAGGGGGACCACGAUAACACUUCUGAAGAUGUCUGAUCACG